AUGAAAAAACCUGCCUCUAGAAAUGUGCGUGGGAGAAGUCCUGCUUGCUCGGUUUGUAAGAGUCUGGGGCACCGCAUCGAAAAAUGUCCUCACCCUGCUGCAAAAGAGAUCCUCAAGCUGCGCAAAGAAAAUUCUGUCUUGAAGAAACAAUCGAAGAGAAAGGUUUUGAGACAAGAAAAAAAAUGGCGAAAGGCUCCCAAGUUGGACAAGGAAUACCGAAAGAAAGCUUCUGCCUUAUACAAAGGCAAGCCUGCUGCAAGAUUGCCUUCACCAGCGGAGAUUCGUCGAAAACAGAAGCAUGCCUUGGAUGUGUCUUUGAACCUUCCCACCACAGAGAACACAGCAGCUUCGUGGCUCUUGGACCGCCAGUGGAUCCGUUCCCCGACCGUUUGCUCUGAAUGUGAUCGACAUGUAUUUUCCGACUUGGUGUGGUCGCAAGACAGACCUCCACACUGGAGAUGCAAGCACUGCGGAGUUCGGGUCAAGAUCUAUGACUUAAGCAUUUUUACAGGUCUUCGUGUCUCUCCCUGCGAAUUGGUCAAGCUCAUUGGUCUCUACGUUAGCUCCAAUCUGGCUCACUAUCCUUCUGUUCCAGACUUUGUGCAGGUCACAGCUGUGGAACAGCGUCCGGUCACUGAGACGUUGGCGCAAGUGGAAGCUUCCGGUUUUUUGGAUCGCAUCACUCGACGCAGUGUUGUCAAUGCUGAUGGCAACAAAGCCUGGAAGUCAGCAGCAGCAAGCCGUGGAAUCCCUUUCCAGAAUGUGAUCCACCAAGUCAAGAAUUUCACAUCGGAUUGCCCCAAAGUUUGGCCAGAAGUUUCCACUGUAGCAGGGACGCAGAUUGUUCAGAAGUUCAAGACCAUCAGAGAAUAUGCCGUUUAUGAACAUCCAGAUUCAGAUGCUGCAGGUUUGCAAGAGGCUCUCGAUGCAGAAACUGCACGUGCGAUGCAGGGUGAUGCCUCCAGCAUUCUUCAGCUUGCCAGAGAGAUCCAGACAUAUGCCCCAAGAUGCAUGGAGGUUGCCGAAGAUGCGUUCCUGCUGUGGCUCACUGCCAACAUGUGGCAGCCGAGCAGGCCUUACGGGCAGACCUUCCACGGUUGGCAGGAGAAGGCGGCUGCAGUUUUGUGGCAGAGUGACGACCUGUACGACCAGAACCUGUCGCAUGGCAGCAUCUUCAAUGUGUUCCAAACUGUUCACUCUUGUGCUCGGGAGAUGGCAAAGCUGGAAUCGCAGCGGCACUGGGCGUCAGCUUCGGAACAAAUCAUUCUUGCCAUGCGCAGAGUUGAGGAGCUGUUGAAACCAUUUUUGCUGCCGGACGAUGUGGCUUCAAGCUCAUUACCCACAACCCAGCCUCGUCAUCAAGGCCCUCACGUGCAAAGUGUCACAGAUGAAUCAUGGACACAAGGGCACCCAGAGGUUUCAGACCUUGCGGAGGUGAUUGUGGCAGGGGACUUGACAGCCAAAUUGACAGCCGAAUUGCAGCGACUGGAACAACAACUGCUGGAGCAGCGGCACGAACACGGAAACACACAUCACAAUGACAUUGCCGCAACACUGCAUGCAAUGGGCGAAGUGAGUCACGCUGCUGGAGAUAUUCCAGAAGCAAAGCAGCAUUUGGAGGAGUCCUUGCGAAUGAAGCGCUCCCUGCACGGUGAUCGGGAUCACCCUGGCAUUGCCGCAACACUGCAUGCGCUGGGCAGUGUGAGUCAAGCUGCUGGAGAUCUUCCGGAAGCAAGGCAGCAUUUGGAGGAGUCCUUGCGAGUGAAGCGCUCCCUGCUCGGUGAUCGGGAUCACCCUGAUAUUGCCGCAACACUGCAUGAGCUGGGCAGAGUAAGUCAAGCUGCUGGAGAUCUUCCGGAAGCAAAGCAGCAUUUGGAGGAGUCCUUGCGAGUGCAGCGCUCCCUGCACGGUGAUCUGGAUCACCCUGAUAUUGCCGCAACCCUCCAGGAGCUGGGAGGAGUGAGUCAAGCUGCUGGAGAUCUCCCAAAAGCAAAGCAGCAUUUGGGGGAGUCCUUGCGAAUGCAGCGCUCCCUGCACGGUGAUCGGGAUCACCCUGGCAUUGCCGCAACACUCAACGAUCUGGGCCGUGUGAGUCACGCUGCUGGAGAUCUUCCGGAAGCAAGGCAGCAUUUGGAGGAGUCCUUGCGAAUGAAGCGCUCCCUGCUCGAUGAUCGGGAUCACCCUGGCAUUGCCGUAACACUGCAUGCGCUGGGCGAAGUGAGUCAAGCUGCUGGAGAUCUUUCAGAAGCAAAGCAGCAUUUGGAGGAGUCCUUGCGAAUGAAGCGCUCCCUGCUCGAUGAUCGGGAUCACCCUGGCAUUGCCAGAACACUGCAUGCGCUGGGCGGAGUGAGUCAGGCUGCUGGAGAUCUUCCGGAAGCAAGGCAGCAUUUGGAGGAGUCCUUGCGAAUGCAGCGCUCCCUGUACGGUGAUCGGGAUCGCCCUGGCAUUGCCAUAACACUCCAUGAGCUGGGCAGAGUGAGUCAAGCUGCUGGAGAUCUUCCGGAAGCAAGGCAGCAUUUGGAGGAGUCCUUGCGAAUGCAGCGCUCCCUGUAUGGUGAUCGGGAUCACCCUGGCAUUGCCGUAACACUCUAUGAGCUGGGCGGAGUGAGUGAAGCUGCUGGAGAUCUUCCAGAAGCAGAGCAGCAUUUGAAAGAAGCUUUGCAAAUGAACCGCUCACUGCACGGUGAUCGGGAUCACCCUGGCAUUGCCGCAGCACUGCAUGCGCUCAGUAGAGUGAGUGAAGCUGCUGGAGAUCUUCUGGAAGCAAAGCAGCAUUUGGAGGAGUCCUUGCGAAUGCAGCGCUCCCUGUACGGUAAUCAGGAUCACCCUGGUAUUGCCGCAACACUCUAUGAGCUGGGCGGAGUGAGUGAAGCUGCUGGAGAUCUUCCAGAAGCAGAGCAGCAUUUGAAAGAAGCUUUGCAAAUGAACCGCUCACUGCACGGUGAUCGGGAUCACCCUGGCAUUGCCGCAGCACUGCAUGCGCUCAGUAGAGUGAGUGAAGCUGCUGGAGAUCUUCUGGAAGCAAAGCAGCAUUUGGAGGAGUCCUUGCGAAUGCAGCGCUCCCUGUACGGUAAUCAGGAUCACCCUGGUAUUGCCGCAACACUGCAUCAGCUGGGCAGAGUGAGUCAAGCUGCUGAUCUUUGCUGUUACUGUAGCCUCCUUUGCGGAGCCAAAGGAGGAGAAGUGCUCGGUAGGCAUUGCAUGGCCGAGCUGGCUUCGAGCCACCUGUCUGUCCUUCUGACCUCGCCAAAAGUGCCAGGGGAGUGGUCUGGAGGCUGCACAGCUACAGGCUGCUGGGAGGGGACGAUCCUUCCAAUACUUUACAAGCAGCUCACUCCCAGCAAGCGAGAGUAUUUGUUGAUCGAAAAUUUGCCCCAAGCAGUGUGCUCAGUUCUUUUUUUGCUGGCUGAAGGCGGUUCAUUCUUCGUUGGUGUUUUGAAUCUCCUGGUGCCUGGGGUGCAGAUUCUCUUGACUUGUUUUUGUUUUGAGCCGGUGCUGUCUGCUGCUGCGCCAGCACUGGGCAAAAAGCUGAACCGAGCGAUGCGCAACGGUGAUAUGGUCGCUGCUGCCUUUUUGGAGGAGUCCUUGCGAAUGAAGCGCUCGGUGCACCGUGAUCGGGAUCACCCUAGUAUUGCCGCAACACUGCAUGAGCUGGGCAGAGUGAGUCAAGCUGCUGGAGAUCUUCCCGAAGCAAAGCAGCAUCUGGAGAAGUCUUUGCGAAUGCAGCACUCCCUGCACGGUGAUCGGGAUCACCCUGAUAUUGCCGCAACACUGCAUGCGCUGGGCGGAGUGAGUGAAGCUGCUGGAGAUCUUCCAAAAGCAAAGCAGCAUUUGGAGGAGUCCUUGCGAAUGCAGCGCUCCCUGUACGGUGAUCGGGAUCACCCUGGCAUUGCCAUAACACUCCAUCAGCUGGGCAGAGUGAGUCAAGCUGCUGGAGAUCUUCCGGAAGCAAGGCAGCAUUUGGAGGAGUCCUUGCGAAUGCAGCGCUCCCUGUACGGUGAUCGGGAUCACCCUGAUAUUGCCGCAACACUCCAUGAGCUGGGCAGAGUGAGUUUGGGAAUGAUGUUCCGCCUGGAUCUGGCCUCCCGCCUUGAUCAAGAUGUUCCUUGCCAGACGCAAUGA